CCCCCUCAUCCUCUUCGAACCCUAAUUAGUUGAGAGACGAAGGACAACGUCGGCGGAGAUGCAGAUCUUCGUGAAAACCCUAACGGGGAAAACCAUCACCCUCGAAGUCGAGAGCAGCGACACCAUUGACAACGUCAAGGCCAAGAUCCAAGACAAAGAAGGAAUUCCGCCGGAUCAGCAACGUUUGAUCUUUGCAGGGAAGCAGCUUGAGGAUGGACGAACCCUAGCCGACUACAACAUCCAAAAAGAGUCGACGCUGCAUCUAGUGCUUAGGUUGAGAGGUGGGAUCAUCGAGCCGUCACUCAUGGCUCUCGCGAGGAAGUACAACCAGGACAAAAUGAUCUGUAGGAAGUGCUAUGCUCGGUUGCAUCCAAGGGCUGUCAAUUGCCGGAAGAAGAAAUGUGGUCACAGCAAUCAGCUGAGGCCUAAGAAGAAGAUCAAGUAAAUGGUGCUGUUUGAACUUAUUAGCUCCUUUUAUAGCCCAGGUGGGGAAUUAGAAUUAUCUAUGAGUUAGCUAUGGAAAAUUAAACCUUUGUUUUUUGCCGUUUAUGUUGGAUGUUUGACUCCACUGUGUGACGCUGGUAGAUAUGAUAAUGCAUUUUUUCGAUUGUUCUUGACAUAUCAUUGUUCUUUUCUUCUCUAUCAUCAAAUAUAUGAUGCUAAUAAGACCUCU